CCUGACAUACCCGCACCUACACCAUUUCUGUUAUUCGACCAAUCAGUAGACUUAAACACUUAAUUAGUAAAUAGAAACAAAGAAUCAUGUCAACCUUUGUUCUGACGUUAUAUUAGCACGAGUAGGCCUAUUUUCAUAGCGUUAUGAACAUCUGACAUGUGUCAUUUUCCCCGGAAAUGGUUUACACACGCAAACUCACCUAACAUUUUGUGUUUGACGCACUUCUUUGUAACAAGUUAACCAACGUUUUUAGAGCGCCACACUACAAUCUUUAUUGUCAUCGGAAUCUCAUUUUAAUAGGAGCUUUUACAUAUUAAACAUGGUCUAGAGAGGGUUCUUGAUAGAUGUUCCAUAAUUUUCUUGUUUGUAGCCUACAUUUGGGUCUACAUAGAUGUUCACACUCUUGAAUAGUCUGUUUUUGCUGUAUGGCAUGGACAAUAUUUCGGAUUAGCGCGGAGGUUCUAUAUCUGUUUUCAAUAUGCCAUGUGUAUUUAAGCAUCAGAAUAUUGGGACCCUAUAGCAGAUUUGAGUCCACAUGUCAAGGGUCCACAUGUCACGGUUGAAUAGUGGCAAAUAAACAAGAAAAGAAAAAUCACUUUGGAUUUGUAUGUGAAAGAAAAACAGGCCUACUAUGCAGAAAUAUAAUGUAUGGACAACUCAAGAGGGACCUGGCCAUUUGACAGAUUGUGCGAUAGCAACAGGAACGAUGCCAGAUGUUACGAUGUCAUUCCGCUGUGAACUUCAAGAUAUCAUGGCGACACUCCUCGAUACCACUGUCAUGCAGAUUUUACGGCUAGUGCAAAAAGAAUUUUUGGAGAAAUUAAAACAGAAUGAGCAGGAGAUCCAUGGAUUACAGGAGAAACUAAAGAUGGUUGGACAUCUGGGAGAAGGAGAUGAGGAGACAGAGGAAGCUGAUGAAGAGACAUUUCACAGGGAAACUGUAACAGAGGACGAGCAACAUAGCAGAGAGACAGAAACACAACUAAGCACAAAUGAGCCUGAGCUUAUAGAAGAGUUUGCAGGGAACGAGGGAAACAUGGAGGACGAUCUAGAAAUCAUCCAAGUAAAUGAAGUGGGAAAUGCAGAGAGGGAUGCUGAGACUGGAGGAGCUGGAGCAGUACGAGACACAGGAAGUGAGACUGUCCAAAGUGACGUGAGGGUUGAAGGGGAGGUCGAAUUCACAGACAAUGGUGGGAAUGCUGGAAAAGAAAACCAAACAGAGAAAGAGGGACAAAAAGUAAGAAGAAAACGUAAAAGGGUGAGAGUGAAAAGUGAAAUGGAGGAUUGUGGUGUCAUAAUGAAUGAGAAGAUGACCACCAGUGUUGACAACAUGGUUCUCAAACUGGAGGAUCCUGUACAAGUUGAAGGAACUGAUUCUUGUGACGUCUCUGAGUCCCGAGGGGGAGCUGGACACCAGGUGUAUCUCCUUGAGGAUCAUGACUAUCCAUGUAAUGCGGAUUGCUGUGAUGCCACAAGUGUGACGAAUUUACUGGAGAUGAAGCUUCCCACUUCACUAAAUGAGUCCACUGCUCAACACUGCACUGUGGGUGCAGACAGUAAGUUAAGGGAGGGAAUAAAAUGCAACACAAGUUACUCCUCUCUUGCGACCUUCGACCCCCAAACUGAAAUCAGUGAAGAAUACCUAGCUAAGGCCAAGGUAGCUCUAACUAAAAUGGAAGGUCUACCAGACAGAGGAUGGGUCCUUCUGGAUCCUCUGACUGGUAAGUUUUGCAUCAAAGAUGAGCUGGACUUUAAACCUGAGGGGAUGGGAAGAGAUGAAGAAGAUGAAGAAGAUGAAGAAGAUGGAGAAGAUGGUGAAGGACCAAGUGCUGAUCCAAGCAUAAACGGCACACAUUCUGUGGAGACAGGGGUCAAAAUGACCACAAAUAGCAGCACUCAAACAGAAGCUCAAAUAACUGUAAUGAUGGGUGAUGAAUUUGAUAAGGUGAAUCUGAACUCUCCAUCUGCUAAGGAGGAGGAGCCAAACAGAGUUAUCACCAGAAGCAAUAAAGCUAAUAGAACUAACAGCAUCAGCACCAAAACCAAUGAGACGAAUGUUGUGCAAAGUCGGAGAGGCUACGCUACUAGAAGCACUGGAAACACUGUAUCAGCUAGAGCCAAAAGAAAAGCUAAAAAGGAUCAUAACAUAAAGGUCUGUGCCAGUGAAGCCAACACUAGCAAGAAAACCUGUGCUGAUAGUCCUCAAGGCAAGAGUAGAAACAUUGGAAAAGGUAAAAAAGUUCACAAUUUUGAAAAUAGGGUUUACAGAUCAGGACACUUCAUAAUUAGUCCAGGUACUUUGACCAAGAGCAGAAAAGAGUUUACCAAGAAAAGCAGUGGACGGAUAUACACGGCCAAAGUGAAAGUAUGUGAUCCUAGUGACCAAAGCUUCGAAGUGAAAAAUGAACCUCACUCUAAGGGAAAAGUCUUUGAAUGUAAACACUGUGCAAAGACUUUUCCCACCUUACCAUAUCUGAAAAAACAUUGGGAAUAUCACUCUCCAAACAAAAAGUACAUAUGUUCUCAUUGUGGCAAGGGGUUUGUGUAUGAAUGUCACCUGAAAAUCCAUCUGCAGUCACAUACAAAAGAGAGGCCGUACCAGUGUAAUCAGUGUGGCAAAAGGUUUAGAUACAACUCCAAUCUGAAGUAUCAUCUAGCCUACCACACUGGAGAAAAGCCACAUGUUUGCCUGCAGUGUGGAAUGGCCUUCAGCCGCCGUGGUCAUCUGGUCAAGCAUGUCACUUGUCACUCGGGGCUGAAGCCUUAUUCCUGCUCUCAUUGUGACAAGACCUUUGCUGCAAAAGGAGGGUUGACAAGGCACAAACAGAUUCAUCUAAAAAAACAAUAAAAAAAACAGGUCAAAUUAAAUAGGCAAUGUUUUAAAGGUUCUGACCACUCACUUUGUUGGUUGCUCAGUAUGAUGUGUGGAUAGACAGUGAUUAUUUCAAGAUGGUGUCUCUAUUAAAUGUUUUGUAUGGUG